CCUGGAAGAACCCGGAUGUGCCUGGCCGCCGAGUUGGCAGUCGGGGCUGAGAGGAUUGGGCACUAUUGGGGUACGCAACCUGGGCGAAUGGCGCAGGGUUGGGCGGGCUUCUCUGAGGAGGAGCUGAGAAGGCUAAAGCAGAAUAAAGAUUCAUUUGAGCCACCACGCCGUCUCCCUGUGAAGAAAACCCGACAACAACUUCAGCGAGAAAAAGCCCUACUAGAGCAGAGCCAGAAACUUGGACUUCAAGAUGGCUCAGCCUCUUUAUCUCCAGGCCAACUGCUUUCUGCCCCCAAACAGAGUAUCAGCACUCAGAAACCAUAUUCUCCCCCGACCUGGACUUGUCCUAGCCCCGCUGCAUUCACUUCUCCUGCUGGUGAUGGGAAACUACCGGGUACUGAAAGUCAACCCAGGGAAACAGGACUUGAGAAUUCCCAUGAUGGGCAUGAAAACUUGGAGGUUCUGCCUCCAAAGGCAGAUUGCAAGUUGGAGAAAAAGAAAGUGGAAUUGCAAGAAAAAUCUCGUUGGCAAGUACUCCAGCAAGAACAACGACUAAUGGAAGAGAAAAAUAAACGGAAGAAAGCUCUUUUGGCAAAAGCUAUUGCAGAAAGAUCUAAAAGAACUCAAGCAGAGACUAUGAAACUAAAGCGGAUCCAGAAGGAGUUACAGGCUUUAGAUGAAAUGGUUUCAGCUGACAUUGGAAUCCUCAGGAACCGGAUUGACCAGGCCAGCCUAGAGUAUUCAUAUGCACGGAAGCGGUUUGACAGGGCCGAAACUGAAUACGUUACUGCAAAGCUAGACCUACAACGCAAGACUGAGAUAAAAGAGCAACUCACUGAGCACCUUUGUACAAUCAUACAGCAGAAUGAACUCCGAAAGGCCAAGAAGUUGGAGGAGUUGAUGCAACAGCUAGAUGUACAGCCCGAUGAGGAGUCAUUGGAACUUACAGUGGAGGUGGAAAGAUUGCUUUGUGAACAGGAAGAAGCAGCGAGGAAGCAAAUGGGUCCUACAGAAAGGCUGUGUCAGCCUGCUGUGGAGAGUGUGACUUCAGGGCUUACGAAAAAGAACAAAAACUCUGAAGAACAAGCUGUUUCCCCAAAGGGAGAUGAACAGUGUGAACAUUCCAGUAGCAUCUCCUGUCCUGGUCCAGACUAUGCAAAUCAAGAAGUUAAUGAUAUUUCAACGGCUCUCACCUCGUGAAGUGCCAGUAUUCUUUUCAACUAAUAUGAUAUUCACUACAUUGUAUUUUCUGCAGUAGGUUGUGCCCUGGCCUCUGAUAAAACCCUUGUAAAACUGUUAAUGUUUGGAUCUAUAAUUAGUAUUAAUAUGUUUGACCUUUCUAAUUGCAAUUUUAUAUCUAUAUGGCACCUUGAUUCUGGCCCAGUUCUUUCAGUGUUCUUUUAACUGUUAUUACUGAGUUAAAAUAAAUGACAAAAUGAUGGAAGUA